UAUCACGUGUAUUCAUCGUACCAUUAUUCUAGCCAUGUUGAAUUUUAAAAAAUUACCACAUGUAGUCAAUUGUUUUUUUUAAUAUUGUAAAUCUAAGUUAUUUUGUUUUAAAAUGAGAUUAUUUUAAACGUUUUAUAUUAUAACAAUGGCCAGCAAAUCUGUUUUAGAUCUGUUUGAAAAGGUCAUUAAAGCUCCACAAAAUGGGAAACCAAAAUUAUGUAUGCAACUAGUAAAGCAUUUACAACUGCUGAGCGUUAAUGAGUUGGACGAGCAUCAACAAAAAGAGGUAUUCUAUGUACUUACUAGGUUGGUACGAGGAUUAGGGUCUCCAAAAACUCAAGUCAGAACUGUUUAUUAUUCUAUAUUAGUUGUAAUAAUCAAUUAUCUAUCAGAUAAAGAGUGGUUCAAAUUUGAAAAUUUUAAAGAUAUUGUAGAUAAAGAAUUAUCCAAGUAUGAUUCAAAAGCAGAAGAAGGAGAUGUUUUAUCUGGGAAAGUUCUUUGUUAUGGUGCAACUAUACGUAGUGGUUUAUUUGGUUCAAGUUCAACAGAAACUCAAAAAUUUAUUGUUACUGAACUUUUAAAUAAUACAAAAACUAGAUCAUAUUUACCUUUAUUAACUUAUAAGUUUUUAAUUGAGGGAAUUGAUUCUUCUAACAAUGUUAUGUUUGCUGAGAUAAUAUGGCCAUUAUUAAAAAAGUAUAUCGGAUUACCACUAGUAAAGCAAAACUUAGAUUUGUUGUAUUGUAUUUUACAAGUACACAAACAGUAUCCUUCAUUAAUUAAUGGUACAUUUAUUCCGAGAGUUUUUGAUACAGCUACAGAACUACUGUGUAAUGAUUCGAUGAAUGACAUUGCAAAAAUAUUAAUAACAAGUGUUUCAAGCAUGGAUGUUCUUGAACAUCCAAUUUAUGAUUCUUUUGCAAAUGCAUUAACAUCCAAUGACAAUAGUGAUUCACUUCUAAAAUCUUUUUGGUCAGUACUCCAGCCACAUUUUACAGGUUCUCAUAAUCGCUACCAAGAAAUGGCAGCUAUGAAAUUGUUUACUAAUUUUAUUAAAAGUUGUUCUUUAACAAGUUUAUUACCAUUAUUGUCUGAUUGGUUUUUGGAUAUGUUAAUAAAAUCAUUUUCUCGAUCUAAUGCUGAUGCUCUUAUACUAUAUGCACGAAAAAGUAUAACUGCUGUUAUAGAAAGAAUUAGUUCUUCAAAUGUAGCAGAAAUUGCUUACAAAACUUUAUUGAAAUUCAUAAUGCCUCCUGGAGAUAUGAUGAUUGAAAAAAUUACAAAUAUUAAAAUUGUACAGAAUUGUUUAUUGAACAUGAAUGAAGAAUACAUAAAACUCUUGGCUAAUCAGUGUCAGUUAGUUAUUCUUAUGAAAGGAAAUAAUGGUAAAGCUCAUUUUUGGAAAGUUCAAGACCGAGGGUAUGCUGCUCAACUUCUUUCUAGAUUGUUGGGACUUCAAAAUUGUUCAGAUAUUUCAUGGAAAAUUGAGCAAAUGAAGUUCAUGUUAGAAAAUGCAUUUUUCACUAGUGCUAAUGAUAAAAAUUAUAUAAGUCAUGAGUUGUCUGUCAUUAUAAGAGACUCAUUUUUAAAAGCACUUAGUCACAAACAACCAAAUUUGAAUUCUCUUAGAAUUACUUUAUCUACUCUUGUGCAAUAUGCUGAUGAGCUCUUAAAAUCAAAUCAUACCUUAAGACCAAAAACUUCCAAAGAGGAUUUGUCUGUCUGGAAACUUGUAUUAAAAACUACUAAAGAAAUAGAAAAAAAAUUGAAAAAAUGUGAAAGCAAGUCUAAAGAAGAGUCAAUUCUGUUUGUUUUUCACACUAUGUUUUUACAAAUGGGAUUAUAUCUUUUUGUUGAACCUGUAAUUGCUAAAGAUACUUUAGAGGAAUUAAAAAGUUGUUAUGAACAUCAUAAAACCGAAAAAAGUGAUGAAACUGAAGAUGAACCUCACUGGGUUGAGGUUGUUGUAGAGUUAAUGUUAUCAUUGUUAGCUAAAGAAUCAUACUUGUUACGACAACUUAUAACUAGAAUUUUUUCACAUUUGUGUUCAGAAUUAACCCCACAAGCUAGUCAUCAAAUUUUACAAGUGUUAAAUCCAGAGUAUGAUACAGUUACUAAUUCAAUGAAUGAAAAUAGUGAUGACGAAACAGAAUCUGAAUCUGACGAAGAAAAUAAUGAAAAUGAUGAAGAAAAAGAAGAAGAAAAUUAUGUUAAAGUCAAUGGAAAUAAAAUAAAUGGACAUUGUGAAGAUGAUGAUGAGAGUGACUGCUCUGAAAUUGAAGAAGAAUUAAGUGAUGAAGAUCAAGAUAAUACUGAACAAUUAAAAUUAGCAUUACACAAAGCAAUGAUGUCUGCUAAUCAGCAUUCAGAUGAUGAAUCUGUUGAUAUUGAUGAUAUGACUGAAGAGGAAGGUAAGAUGAUGGAUGAUUUAUUAUCUGAAGCUUUUAAAAAUUUUAAAAAGAAUUCUAGCAAAAACCCUAAACACAUUAAAGAAAAGAUGAACUUCAGACUUAGAGUCUUGGAUUUGGUUGAUAUAUACUUAGAAAAUAGCCCAUCUCUAAGUCUUGUAAUAGACACUAUCCCUACAUUAUUUGCUUUGUUAGAGUAUUGUAUAAAAGAUGUUCAACAACGUCCACUUGAAACUAGAGUAAGAUCUAUUCUUAAAAAAAUCAGCCAGUUAAAAAAAAUUGAUAACACGGAAUCCGUUGAUGAAGACAUUAUAUCUACAGUAUUGAAAGUUUUAAUGGAUAAAGGAGUUCGAACUACACCAGUGUUUUUGGAUAUCAGUGUUCAUAUAACACAAUGUUGUACGUUUUUAGUAAAAUCAUAUGUUUAUAUGUUAUUAAAAAAGUCCAUUAAAAAACAAAAAUCCUCUAAAAUAAUUAGUAUAUUGGAAAGUUCAUUAAAUGAUUUUUUUACUAAAAGGGAUUGUUUAUUACCUGUGACAUUGUUUCAGUCUUUGUUAUCUAAAGUUUCAUGGGAUCGUAAUAUACAUUUAUUGGAAUGCAUUUUACCAUUUGCGUUUAGUAAUACAGUGAGAUGGUUUAGACGUUCUCAAGCUGUAUGCAUUAUAGUAUCUUUCUAUCAUAAUACUAGACAUCUUGAACAACUUAAAAACAAAAGCAAAUUGGACCAAAUUGAAAGAAAUUUGUCAGAUAAUAUAAUAAAUUUUUUCACAUCAUUAGAUGAUAGUCAACCAGAUAUCUCUGGUCGUCAACGAUACAUAAAUGAAUUAUUGAAUAUUUUAUGUGUGAUAAGUUCAAAUAAGUUUUCAAAUCAUUGUUGUGAUUGGGAACAACUUAUGAAUAUUUUGGAAAACUCAAAGUACAGAUAUAAUCAAGCUGGUCGAAAAAUUUUGAAUAAGCUGAAACAAUCAGUUUUAAAAAUUAAUGAUUUUAAAUCAAAGAAUGAAAAUGAUAAUUUGGAGACAACUAUUAAUAAAAUACCUGUUAAAAGAAAAUCAUUACUUUUGUCAAACAAAAAAGUUAAAAAAAUUAAAAAUAUUUAACUACUUUUAUUUA